CAGGUCGGAGCCCCCGGGGAAGGGCGGCCCCGUCCCGGUUCCCUCCCGGUUCCCUCCCGGUGCCGCUCCCGGUUCGCUGCCGGUGCCCGCCCGGGCCAUGGAGCUCGCCAAGGGCAAGGCGGGAGCGGCGGCGGGCGGGAAGCUCCUGCUGUGCUCGCUGCUGGACUCCAAGGAUGAGCUGGAGGAGAGGCUGGAGCGCUGUGUGGGGAUCGUGACCUCUCUGACCAGCGGCCUCUCGGAGCGCGAGGCCAACGACGCCCUCAACGCCCACAUCUGCAAAGGCACCCCCCAGCACGAGGAGAUCUGCCUGGGGCUCUUCACCCUCGUCCUGACCGACCCGGCGCAGGCCCAGAAGUGCUACCGGGACCUGGCGCUGGUGAGCCGGGACGGGAUGAACAUCGUCCUCAACAAGAUCAACCACAUCCUCAUGGAGAAGUACCUGAAGCUGCAGGACACCUGCAGGAGCCAGCUGGUGUGGCUGCUGCGGGAGCUGGUGAAGAGCGGCGUGCUGGGAGCCGACGGCGUCUGCAUGACCUUCAUGAAGCAGAUCGCGGGCGGGGACGUGACUGCCAAGAACAUCUGGCUGGCAGAGAACGUCCUGGAGAUCCUGACGGAGCAGAGGGAGUGGGUGCUGAAGAGCAGCCUGCUGGUGGCCAUGGCCGUGUACACCUACCUGCGGCUGAUCGUGGACCACCACGGCACGGCCGCGCUGCAGGCGCUGCGGCAGAAGGAGGUGGACUUCUGCGUCUCCCUGCUCCGGGAGAGGUUCAUGGAUUGUUUCAUGAUCGGCCGGGACCUGGUGCGGCUGCUGCAGAACGUGGCGCGGAUCCCGGAGUUCGAGCAGCUCUGGAAGGACAUCCUGCACAACCCGCAGGUGCUCAGCUCCCAGUUCACAGGUGUGCUGCAGCUCCUGCAGUCCAGGACCUCCCGCAAGUUCCUGGCGUGCCGCCUCACCCCCGACAUGGAGACCAAGCUGCUCUUCAUGACCUCGCGGGUGCGGUUCGGGCAGCAGAAGCGCUACCAGGACUGGUUCCAGCGGCAGUACCUGUCCACGCCCGACAGCCAGUCCCUGCGCUGCGACCUGAUCCGCUACAUCUGCGGCGUGGUGCACCCCUCCAACGAGGUGCUGAGCUCCGACAUCCUGCCCCGCUGGGCCAUCAUCGGCUGGCUGCUCACCACCUGCACGGUCAGCCCCAAAACGGCUGAUCCCUGUCCUGUCCCUCGCAGGCACCUGGCCCCGCUCUUCGACAACCCCAAGCUGGACAAGGAGCUCCGGGCCAUGCUCAGGGAGAAAUUCCCGGAAUUCUGCAGCUCUCCCUCGCCCCCCAUCGAAGUGAAAAUCGAGGAGCCGGUUCCCAUGGAGAUGGAGAAUCACCUGGAGAAGGACGACGGCUGCUACGACAACGCCGAGGCCGCCUUCAGCGACGACGAGGAGGAGCUGAGCAGCAAAGGGAAGAAGAGGGAGUUCAGGUUCCAUCCGAUCAAGGAAUCCAUCGUGGAGGAGCCCGUGGACAUCACCCCGUUCCUGGAGCAGCUGGACGAGUCCCUGCGGGACAAAGUGCUGCAGCUGCAGAAGGGCAGUGACACGGAGGCGCAGUGCGAGGUCAUGCAGGAGAUCGUGGAUCAGGUCCUGGAGGAGGAUUUCGACUCGGAGCAGCUCUCGGUGCUCGCCUCGUGCCUGCAGGAGCUGUUCAAGGCUCACUUCCGUGGGGAGGUGCUGCCGGAGGAGAUCACCGAGGAGUCCCUGGAGGAGUCCGUGGGGAAGCCGCUUUACCUGAUCUUCCGGAACCUGUGCCAGAUGCAGGAGGACAACAGCGGCUUCUCGCUGCUGCUGGACCUGCUCUCCGAGCUCUACCAGAAGCAGCCCAAGAUCGGCUACCACCUGCUCUACUACCUGCGGGCCAGCAAGGCGGCGCUGGGCAGGAUGGGGCUGUACGAGUCGUUCGCCCAGGCCACGCAGCUGGGCGAGCUGCACACCUGCCUGAUGAUGGACAUGAAGGCGUGCCAGGAGGACGACGUGCGCCUGCUCUGCUUCCUCACGCCCUCCAUCUACACCGAGCCCCCCACCCCAGCUGCCAUCCCAGGGGUGCUGCUGGCGUUUUUCCCGCUGGAUCCUGACCCCAUUCCCUGUCCCCCACCCCAAUCCCAGCUCCAGGAGCUCGUGUGCCACGUGAUGAUGGGAAACCUCGUCAUGUUCCGCAAGGAUUCCGUGCUGAACAUCCUCAUUCAGAGCCUGGACUGGGAGACCUUUGAGCAGUACUGCACCUGGCAGCUGUUCCUGGCACACAACAUCCCGCUGGAGACCAUCAUCCCCAUCCUGCAGCACCUCAAGUACCGGGGUCAGCGCGGGGACGGCGCGGGGACAGCCCUGCGCAGCUCCAGCAGCAAGCUGGCCCAGCUGACCCUGGAGCAGAUCCUGGAGCACCUGGACAACCUCCGCCUCAACCUCACCAACACCAAGCAGAACUUUUUCAGCCAGACCCCGAUCCUGCAGGCGCUGCAGCACGUCCAGGCCAGCUGCGACGAGGCGCACAAGAUGAAGUUCUCGGACCUCUUCUCCCUGGCCGAGGAGUAUGAGGAUUCCUCCAGCAAGCCCCCCAAGAGCCGCCGGAAAGCCACGGCGCUGGCCAGCCCCCGCAGCCGCAAGAGCGCCGCGCAGCCCCCCAACAACGAGGAGGAGUCGGGCUCCAGCAGCGCCUCGGAGGAAGAGGACACCAAACCCAAACCGGCCAAGAGGAAAAGGAAAGGCUCCUCCGCCGUGGGCUCGGACAGUGACUGAGGGUGGGGAACCCCCCUGCCUCGGGGACCCCUCCCCACCUCGGGGA